CGCUCGUCCGUGCCUUCCCUCGGCGCCGUCCCCAGCGGGUACCCGCGCUAACCGGGGGUGCAGCUGUCCUCGCUGCGGGAGCCGCGACUAAACCCAGCACGGUCGAUCGUGGCUGCUGCCAGCGUCUUUCGCUCUUAGCCGCGGAGAUAAGGAAGAGAAGCGCGGAGGGUCCUUCCCGGUCCAGGACGAGGGCGAGCGUCGGCCGGGGGAAGGGUAAACGGAGGGGUUCUUGGCCGCGCCCGCUCUCAGCUUCGCCUCGCCUGCCGGGUUUACCUCGCUUGGUUGAGGGCACUACAAUUCUGUGGGGCAAAAGCUAGAGACCCCAGCCCAAGGGGCAGCAUGCAUCUGGAGGAUGGCUGAGGCUGGCCAAGGCAGCGCUACAACCAUUACCCAACGUUGGCUUUCCCAAAGAGAGAGGAGAGGAAUGAUCGCUGUGUGGGGAACAUUGUCUUGCUUUUUCCUGGUAGCCACUGUGAACAGCCUACCUGCAGCCAGGCUGUCUAUUUCAGACCCUGAAGAAAGGUUUACAAGAGAGCCAUUAGAUUAUUUAAGGAGUGAUACUACUUUCCUUGAAGAAUUGGUUGUUGGAAGUGGUGAUACCAUCGAACUUCUGUGUACCUCUCCGAGCCCUUCCAUGUCUGUCUUCUGGUAUAAAGAAGGCAUUGAGAUUUCACCUACAAACCGAACUCAUAUUGGCCAAAAACAGUUAAAGAUUUUCAAUGUAUCUUAUGAUGACUCUGGCCUGUACAGCUGUAAGCCAAGGCACUCCAUUGCAAUGCUCAGGAACUUUACAGUACGAGUGACAGACUCUCCAUCAUCAGGUGAUGAUGAAGAUGGUGAUGAUGAAUCUGAAGAUGGAGUUGCUCCUUACUGGAUCCGUCGUGAUAGAAUGGAAAGAAAGCUUCUGGCUGUCCCUGCUGCAAACACUGUUCGCUUUCGCUGCGCAGCUGCUGGCAAUCCCUCUCCUUCCAUAUACUGGCUGAAAAAUGGCAAAGAAUUCAAAGGAGAGCACCGUAUUGGGGGUAUCAAACUCCGGCAUCAGCAGUGGAGUCUUGUUAUGGAGAGUGUGGUUCCAUCAGACCGAGGCAACUACACCUGUGUAGUGCGAAAUAAUUAUGGUGUAAUUUGGCAUACUUACCAGCUUGAUGUUCUUGAAAGAUCUCCUCACCGUCCUAUUCUCCAAGCAGGAUUGCCUGCUAACCAGACUGUGGUGGCUGGGAGUGAUGUUGAAUUCUAUUGCAAAGUAUACAGUGAUGCCCAACCUCACAUCCAGUGGCUGAAACAUGUGGAGGUCAAUGGAAGUAAAUAUGGACCAGAUGGGACUCCUUAUGUCACUGUUCUAAAGUCUUGGAUCAGUAAAAACGCUGAAGCCGAUGCUAACCUAAAUCUGUUCAAAGUGACAGAACAAGAUGAAGGCGAAUAUCUAUGUAGAGCCAACAAUUUCGUAGGCAGAGCCGAAAAAUCAUUUUGGCUCCACAUUGACAAAUCAAAACCAGCAGAAAAGCGAGUUGCAGUGGAUGACUCCGGCUCUCUUUAUGCAGGCAUUCUCAGCUACGGGACCGGCUUUGUUCUUUUCAUCUUGGUGGCAGUGGUGGUGGUGAUUUAUAGAAUUAAAAGACCAGCAAAAAAAACAAUUAACACCACCAUUGUUCAGAAAGUUUCCAAGUUCCCACUCAAGAGACAGCAGGUGUCUUUGGAGUCCAACUCCUCCAUGAAUUCUAAUACACCUCUAGUCAGGAUCACCCACCUUUCCUCCAGUGAUGGACCAAUGCUGGCAAAUGUCUCAGAACUUGAGUUGCCUGCUGAUCCUAAGUGGGAAUUGCCGAGAUCUCGCCUGACUCUAGGGAAGCCACUGGGUGAAGGCUGUUUUGGUCAAGUAGUGAUGGCAGAAGCGAUGGGGAUAGAUAAAGAAAAACCAAACAAGCCUAUUACUGUUGCUAUCAAGAUGCUGAAAGAUGAUGCCACCGACAAAGAUCUUUCUGAUUUAGUCUCAGAAAUGGAAAUGAUGAAAAUGAUUGGGAAGCACAAAAAUAUCAUUAAUCUCUUGGGUGCCUGCACACAGGAUGGUUCUCUCUAUGUUUUGGUGGAAUAUGCAUCAAAGGGGAACUUACGAGAAUACCUUCGAGCUCGUCGGCCACCUGGCAUGGAUUACUCCUUUGAUACCUGUAAACUGCCUGAGGAACAGUUAACAUUUAAAGACUUAGUCUCAUGUGCUUACCAGGUAGCCCGUGGGAUGGAGUACCUGGCCUCUCAGAAAUGCAUCCACCGGGACUUGGCAGCUAGAAACGUCUUGGUCACAGAAGACAGCGUGAUGAAGAUAGCUGAUUUUGGCCUUGCCAGAGAUGUUCACAACAUUGAUUAUUACAAGAAAACAACUAAUGGUCGGCUGCCUGUGAAAUGGAUGGCUCCAGAAGCAUUGUUUGACCGUGUCUAUACUCACCAGAGUGAUGUAUGGUCCUUUGGAGUGCUGCUAUGGGAGAUCUUCACUUUGGGAGGAUCUCCAUACCCAGGAAUUCCAGUUGAAGAACUCUUCAAACUCUUAAAAGAAGGCCAUCGCAUGGAUAAGCCAGCAAACUGUACCCAUGAUUUGUACGUGAUUAUGAGGGAGUGCUGGCAUGCAGUGCCUUCACAGCGGCCAACUUUUAAGCAGCUGGUUGAAGACCUGGACAGAGUCCUGACAGUGACUUCAACUGAUGAGUACCUUGACCUGUCAGUGCCUUUUGAGCAAUAUUCCCCUGCAGACCAGGAUACCCACAGUGCCUGCUCUUCAGGAGAUGAUUCUGUAUUUGCACAUGAUCUUCUCUCAGAUGAGCCCUGUCUUCCAAAACAGCAAGUAAAUUGCAUCAUCAGGACAUGAUGACAGAGACCUGCAUAAAAGAGACUCUUGAAUGUAUGUUUUAGGGAGGUCAGGAACAAAACCUGAGGGAGGAUUUAAUUGUUCUGCUCCAUGGCACAGAAGAUUUGCUGUGAAGCAAUACAAAUCCUCCCACCCCCCACCCCUCCGGCUGCCAAUUUUGUUGUAAUUUUUUUUUUUUUUUUUAAAGGAAGAAGCACUGUUUGGUCUGAAAGAACAUAUCUUUUGCAGGUUACCAACACCCAGACAGGCAAUGUUACAUCCAGAGGGUGCUGAACCUUCACGCCUCAUCAGAUUACCACAGUCACUUUUCUGUGUCUGCAAUACUGGGGUGGGGGUGUAGGGGAUGUUUCCUGUCUUUUUAAGAGAAAAGCAUGUAAAGAAUGUAGGAAUUCCUUUUCAGAAUACAGUCUGUGAGUACAUGAAUCUUUUUGGUGGAGCUCAAAAGCCACAUUGCCUGCAGGGAUUCAUACUUCUUAAUUUUUUUUAUAUAUUCACCGUCUGCUUUGGAGGAAUUUUAAAGCCAUUGGUUUUGCCACGGUGAAGAAUUAGCUGAUUCUUGCACUUGGAGCAGGAAUAGAUUAAAAUAAUGUAUGCACGCAGGAGAAAACAGAAAGGACUGGAGGCAUGGCAAGCUGCAAUAAAUUGUGGGGGGACACUUUUUACGUAUGAGUAGGUUGUGAUGAAUUUGUUCUCUAUUUUUCCAGUGGGCUGCUUAAACAUUGUAAGCAGCAUUGGAUCCAAAUCUUGCUAUGUGCUGUAUUUAUUUACUUGCUUUUCAGUGUUUAGAAAUUAUAGAUAAGAACCGAAAAGUUCUUGCAACAAUUUUCUACAACUUUUUCCCAGAAAAGUUCUUUUCAUCUACCAACAGAUACUUGGAGAAAGUAAUUACGGGUACCUGUAGGCAAGCGCCUUUUAACAUAUCAAAAAGGUCUGUUCACUAGAAUUGUGUAUGUAUCUGUGUGUGUCUAACUGUCAAAAAUAUUAAUGCAGCUGAUAGCCAGGCUUAAAAAAAAACUUCUCUAAGUUUGUAUCCUUUCAAUCUAGAAUAUAUGCGUUUGGGCAAAGAGGUUUUCUUUAUCUUGCCUGUUUACUUUUGUUCUAAAAAUUAUAUCUUAACAUCAUGUAUAUUUGUAAAAUUAUUUAUAGACAUAAACAUAUUCUGUUCACUGGUUUAAAUAGUUUAGUAUUAAUGUAUACAUUAAUUUUUUUGCCAGAUCUGAAGUUUUAACUUAUUGAAAGUGUGGGAGGAUAAAUUAAUCAAGAUUUUCUUCUGAGUUUGUGGGAAAUAUUAAAAGAAUGUAUAGCUGUACAGUCAUUUAACUAAUUACUGUUAAUACUAGAUUUUCUUUUAAAAAAUUCCCCUGGAUUGCAGUGAGUAAAAAUAUAUACAUUCUGUAAUACAUUAGGGUUAAAUCCAAACAGAUGGCAGCAGACAUUAUUUUUGCUUCUGUGUAAGAGCCAAGAAAUCUUUCAUCGCUUUUACCACUGUGCAUUAAAGGGGAGGGGGUGAGUGCAUUUUUUUCUAAUUUUUGAAUGAAGGUAUUCUUUGUGGUUGACUUAAUAACAAAUAUGCAGUAGAGUUGAAAGCUGACUGCAAAUUAUGUGGGUAUUUGAGUUUUUCUCUAACCAGUCCCAUUUGUAUAUUCAUGCUAGAGAAUUAGGGACAAAAUUAAAUAAUAUUUAAAUUAUAUGUAGGGAAAGUUUGAUUGUAGUAUUUGAGCCUAACAUUUUGUUUAGAAAAAAUGCCAAUAAUGCCAAGUCUUGUAGGCUGAAAAACUGUGUAUGCUAGGCAAUUCUGUUAAAGCACUCCAGAUAACUAAGAGGAAUAUAGAAUGGAAUAAAACCAAUAAAGUUGUAUAUGUUAGGACUCUUACUACCAUAAAGAGACGUCUGUAGUGAUCCUGAGGUCCUCUACAGAUCAGUAUUUUCACUAAAGUGACAGGAUGACCACCAUUCCAGUUUAGUAUUCAUUUUAUAAUAAAUCAAGGAUUUUAUCAAAAUUGUUAAUUUAUAGAUUUAAAGUUUCAAAGAGUUUUUUAAAUAUAUAUAUAUAGAUUUAUAUAGAUAACUACUUCUUUGAAAUAAAGAAUUAUGGUAUUUUCUUACUAUGUGUGCUAGUUUUGUACAUUCCAAGAAUCUGAAAAGUUGCUAUUCCAAUCCAGAACAAAUAUGUGUCUCAGUUCAUUUAGAUAUUAUAAAUAUAUAUGCAUCUAUCUAUCCAUCUAAUUUAUUGAGUUUUUACAAAGAUAUUUUGUUGUAAACUUGCUCAUUCUUUAACAUUAAGUUUUUAUGCAAUUUUAUCUCCAGGACUUUAAAAAGCUUAAACUUUUCUUUAAAUCUUUUUUAUCAUUAUUAUUAUUCCUGCUGAUGUCUCACUAUAAGUUUGCAUAAUUUGAUAUUUUGAUGAGCAGCUUCUAAUUUCAAUGUCCUCUGUAUUUUGUUUGCUUGGCAGCUCAGCUGUUGAAGAUGUGAAACAAACACAAACUCUGUUUUGCUUUUGUUUACCUGGCCUAAAAAUAAAAAUAGGAAUGUUGAA